UUCAGUUCAGGUUCAGUCGUGUUCGUAACGUCGUCGAGUUGAAACCGAAAGAGCCAGAGCAGAUCCACAUAGCUAUAUAAGCAGCAGUAGCAGCAGCGGCAGAGCAGGGAGCAGAGAGCAAUCGGUUCAAUUUUAAAAACGGAAGUCUAAUCCAAUUUGGCCUAUGACAAUACAAACGCACUUUCUUCGCUACGCAUUAUCCAGGUGCGUGUGCGUAUAGAGAGUGAGCGACAGAGAGAGAUAGAGAGGACGAGCAAGCGAGCGAGCGAGAGGUGAAAUAUUUAAAUUUAAAGGCAAGGCGCGUGUGUGUGUGACCCAUGAAAAGUUGUUAAAUAUAAGCAACGCCAAUCGCCGAAUUUCGAAAAUAGAUAAACCCUACGUGCGCGUGUUUAAUUUGUAUUUUUGGCACUUUGGUUUGGCAAACAGCAAAAGCAUUUCCCUAUGAUUGGCUCAUUCUGGAAUCUGUGCAGAGCGUGCCCAUCAAUGCCGGUAGACAAGCUCCACUCGGAGUAUCGGAGCACUUAUCGUUGGCAUGAAUUUACGGGCAACUCGCGGCCAGAGGUUGUGCGACGGGCGCCAGCCCCAAACCCAAGUCAAUUUGUUGGACCGACAAAUGAGCCGCCAUUGCCGCGCCGGAAAAAAUGUCCAGAAUUAGCAUAUAAAUCGCACGAGUUUAUUAUAGGAUCGGAAUAUACAGAUGCACGCCGAGAUGCCAGUGCACAUCGUUUGGCGAGAUCGGAGGAGCGGGGUGGCACACCUUCGCGCCGCAGCAAAUCGGAGGGACCACCCGUCGUGCCCAAUGGACGUGCGUAUCCCAUUGCAACGGAGAUCGACGGAACCACAAGAAAACAGGCGGCUACUCUACAUGAGUUGGAGCCCUUGGUUAGCGAUACGGAUGAUAGAAAAACGCACGAGAAACAAGUGACCAUUGUGGAGCGCAAGACCACCUCGCGUCCCUUCUCGCAGGCCAUCGACCAGGAGCGCCUGAACCACUUCAUCACGAAAAAGGAGAACUACGGCUUCGCCGACGCCGCCGUGGCCGCCGCAGUCCUCAAGGACGAGGUGGACAACCGGCAGCAGGCCGCCGAAUCCGGCCAGGUGGUGGUCAUGAACGGCUCCGCCCCGCCGCACUCUAAACCGAAUUUGGAUUUGUGGUUCAAGGAGAUGGUUGAGCUGCGCAAAAAGGCCGGCGAAUACAAGUGUCGCGGCUGGGGCAUAGAAAUCGAUCCGGAGUUGUACAAGAAACAGAAGGUGUGGGAUCAGGUUUCCAAGCGCAGCUCACUUUCAGCACUUUCCCUAGCUUCGACUGUUCAUAGACCCAUUACAAAGGAGGAGAAGGAACAGGAGAACAAUAAGAAAUCCACGCCAUUGCAAAAGGCCCAGAAGCCACUUCCUGGCCAAGCCUUUUUGAUUGAUAAUAAGGAUGAGAUUUCAGCACUGCCAGCACGCUUUAGCAAUAUACGUCAUCACCUUGAACGCACCACAGGUCCGGAUGUGGAGGAGGGAGCUUUGCUGCCCUCGCCAACGCGCGAGAAACUGAUGCCGGAUACCAAGCGGGAAUCGGAGUCUCAGCGCGGAAGUCCCAAGAAGACCGCCUUAUCCAGGCACGGAUCGCCUCAGAAGGGCAGUCCCCAAAAGGGCAGCCCCAAGAAGGUCCUCAAAACCCGGUCGCAAUCGGCGGGUCCGGGCGUUGCUGAGAAUGAGUCACCGAAGCGCCAGAUCCGGUCGGCGAGUCAGGCGCCCAGCAGCCGCAAAAAGACGCCGACAACCGGAAGCGGAAGCGAGCGCAAGGCACGCCCAUCCACCCUAUCCACAACAUUCCAAUCCCGCAUUAAAAGUAGUUCCCUGCCACCGCCCAACGGUAGAGUAGCCUCAGCGCCGCCAGCAACUGCAGCAGCAGCAGCAGCAACCCGAGCAGCAACCGCAGCAACAUCAGCAGCUAAAUCAGCAUUAAACGCUAAUCAGCCUCAUGCUAAUCAAUCACAAUCAUCACAAGCCAAGAGCGGCAGCGGCAAAUUUCCAAAACCAUCGGCAACAUCCGCCCAGCAACAGCAGCAACAGCAAAUGCGUAAGAAAGACAAAGAUAGAUCGAAUAGUAGUUGCAUUGGCAGUGGUAGUCAUGUUGGUGCUGGUAGCGGUAGUCAAGCAAAUAGUGUCAAGCAUCUGCAGAAUAAGCAAAAGCAACAACAACUACAGCAGCAACAGCAACAGCAAAAGCAACAACAACAACAGCAACCGCAGCAGCAACACGAUGUUGCAGCAGCAACUGCAGCAGCAGCAACAUCGGCUCAAAACCCAACCCGGCCUGCAACCAUCAACAUCAAACGGCUCACGGUACCAGGUCAGGAUAGAAAAUUGGCUGAAAACGAUGGCGAGGAUGGUCGUGAGACUGCCAUUUCCAUUUCCAGCUGCAGCCCCCAGCCUCCAGUGCCGGAAGUGCCUGAGGAGCCCCUGGUGAAGUCCCCACCAGAACCGACCCGGGUCAAGUCCCCGGAGCAGAUCAUAAUGCGCUCUCCCGAUCCAGUCAACUGGACGGUGCCCCUAGACACUGGCAAAACCUUUACGGUUACGCAGAAUGUCAAAGAUGGGGAGAACUAUAGCCGACCUCAGAGCGAGAUAAAAGCGUCGACACCGGUGGAGAAGCCCCCACCGCCACCACAAUCGGCACCGCCACAACUAACCGAACAGGCUAAAAUGGACGCCUGGAAGUCCUGCAGUCCAACCACCAGUGCCGCGAUCUACGGCAAAACGCUGACGCCCCAUGCCACGCCCACCGGCCAGCCGGGCGGGGCGGUGCGGUGCACUGCCGCCCAGGACCAGCCGCCCCAGCAGCCGGAUCCUGCGAUGUCGUCCUCCUCGUCGACGGGCACGGCCACGGCCUCCACCGCCCGGACCACUGCCGCCGAGGUCCUGGAGAGGGCACGCGACCGAUUCGAUCGAUUCUGGGGCAGCAGCGCCAGCAAGGAGGAGAGCGUCUAGAUCCUAGAUCUGCAUACUAGAUCCUAGAUCCUAGAUCAGGUACUCAGUGCUUUUCAAGUGCAAAAUGUAUUCCCCAGGGCAGCUAGUUGGCCCUCGAAAGCAAGCAAUUAUGAUACGUAAUAGACGUUAUGCAAUACCUAAUCAUAUACACCAUCUAUCCUAUCUAAGAGCCUGAUUCCACGGCGACACAUUUUUCUAAUCCCAUUUGUUCAAGUCCGAAUUAAGUUUAAGUUUAUAAAAUUGUUAUUUCGUACCUAUUUAAGAUUAAAAAACAGUUCCUCAGUAAUUGUCUAAAUAAGUUUUUAUAAGAAAUCUUGUUUCCGUUAAGGUAUAUGAAAUGUAAAUUUUAUUUUGUUUAAAUUAUAAAUUUAAAGAUCUUGAAAUUUUAUAAUUUUCCCUUAUCAACCCAAAAAAUAUUAAUAUAUUUUUACAUAAUUUUAAUUAGAAGUUCUACUAAUAAAUCUUAAGUGAUGGAAAAAUGUGUCGUCAUGUAAGCGGUAUUUAAGGAAAGUCCCAUUUCGACUUGGCUUGAUCUUGAUCGUAAAGUUAAAUUCGCUUUUGGUUUCCAAGUUAAAGUGCUGCAAGCAAAUCUAAUCAGGCCAAAUGUCAUCUAACGACACGAGCAUUACACCAAAAAUUUAUUUAUGUAAGACACUUUCACUGCCUCUACCCAAACAGAAUACAAAAUCAAACCAACGUUGUAUAAUUUGCAAUUGACCCAGAGAACUUUGCAAUAUUUCGACAUCAUCCAAUCAUAAAAAAUAAAUAUUUAAAUGGGACAAACAUCACCGCAAAGACCCGUCCAAAAAGUGAGGCCAUUGAAAGAGAUAUACUCACAUUUUUGUAACUUUCAUUAGUUGAGCAACCAAGCCGUAUAUUUGGGUAAUGCAUAAGGUGAUCUAAGCUAAACCGCUGAUCCGUCAAAUACCAAAAGUUGAUAAUAGAUUUUGCACAUGAAUUACAAAAGGGAAAAAUACCAAAUACGACAACAUGAUGUUAAGUAUAAUUUAAGACACAUUUUGGCUAAUAAAAACGUAAGGCGAAUGAUGGUUAAAACAAAGCAACACCACACAGAAAACACCAGUAAAACAUACUAAUACUACACAGAAAAUGCGAAAAAAUGAGAUUAUGCUUUGAAAAGCUGUGAAACUAGUUUCAGACAUGCCUACAUUUCUUAUAUAACUAUUACGUGUAUGUGAAAAUAGUCGAGAAACAAAAAAGGAAACAAAAUGAUCAAACAAAAUGGUAAAGACCUAACCGAUUUAAAUAUGUUUUGAGUAAAGUUAGCGCUAAAAUGAUUAAGACAAAUGCUUCCCGAAGGGCAAUAGCUUUGAGAAAGUUGAUGUAAUUUGUACAAGCAUUUUGUUGGAUUCUGUUUCUCAUACCUCUCAGUGUAGACAGUGUUUCAGUACAAACUUAUUACCAAUUAAAACUCAGUUUGGCAGAAACUUUCUUUCCCGUAGGUGAACUGCUUGAAUGUUAAACCUUUCUAAAAAAUAAAGAAAUAAGACAAAAUCGUGUAAGCUGAAGUUAAAAUUUCAUUACCCAUAAGUUGUGUGAUUAACUUCAGUAUUGAGCUUAAUUGUUGCUUGCCUAUAUAUAUUUUAAUAUAAAACUCAAAAUAACAAAACAAAAAAAUUAAGAAGGGAAAUAACGCCACUUCAAUGGUAUUUAUUACAGUUGAGUAUUUUUUAUAUGUUUUUCAUGAAUGGACCCGUUUGUUAGUUGAAAUCGAUGAGUUGAUCACUGAAUCUUAUAAAUAGUUACCAUUAUAAUGCAUAUUAUCAAGUGCCCCUGACAGAAAUUGUUUAUUACGCUCAGUCCUAGUAUUGUCACCGAUUCGAUCCAGUCAAAUGCAUUAGUUAGAAAUAAAUAAUAAGAACAACUAACUAAACUCUGGCAAUCUCUAAAAUCCCCUAAAAAGAUUAAAUGAAACAAACAGAAAUGCACACUCACAUACACAAAGAAAACUAUAUUUCCAGUUACAGUUUGAUAAAAACAAAAAUAACACAACCGAAUGGUAGACUCUUGAACUCAUUUAGUUUUAAAUAUCGUACUUAACAAAUUUUAGGCAACUUUAAUAUGAAUCUACUUAAGAACGAACUUGAUAUAUAUUCUAGCUUGUUUACAAAAGGAUAUGAAAUGAUUAAUAAGGCAGAAAAAGAAAACCCUAACAAAUUAUACUCCCAAAACGAUUCCAAAAUAGGCGCACGACAAAGGCUUUUUCUUCAAAAACAAUGAAAAGGAAAAUCGAUUUUUAUAAACACUUAUAUGAAAGUCAAAACAAUAAAUAUUUUCAAUUUUCGGUUCACCAGCAAAAUAUAAAAGACACCAAUCAAUUAAACAAUUUUAAAAAAUUGACUUUCACGCCUAAAUGCGCCUACAAUUUUAAUGAAUUAAAAGAAAGCCUCAUAUGAAAUACAAAAAAAUCAAUAACAAUACAACCAAAUUGAUAAUUUUUCUGAAUUGUCAUAAAAAGGCACACCAAAUAGCCUUCAUAGAAAUGCUAAAUAACACGAUAUAAUAUAAUUAUAAAUUAACUUUGAAAAAAGUGGCCGAAUCAUAUGAAAGAGGACUAAUUGAAAAAUAAAAUAGAAACCGAAAAAACAAGUGAUGGUAUAAUGAUUAUAACAUUGUAUGAAUCGAAUAAAUGAAAAAUGCAUAUAAACGUUUUAAAA